AUCUGUUCUGUUGCUAAGGUGAGUCCCGUUCUGCACGCUGUGUGCACCUGCAGUGGAGUAUAAAAACGAUUGCAAAAUUUUCCUGUGUAAGUGUAGAAAUGUCGCUAACACAGCGUUGUUAUAACGCUCAUUAUUAGAACAGUACAUAAGACCAAAAAAUCAUGCAUGUGUCCAACCGUCGAAGUCCAUGGGGUUUCUACAAAACUACGAACGCCAUCAGUUUACACUCCGUCCAAGCAUUAGGAAUUAUAGCAACUCCCCGGUCGAUUCGCCAAAACGGAGCAAGCUUACCAGUCGUUCCGGAGAAUGGAGAGUUAUCGUCCAUAGAUAUUUACUGCGGGAAGGAGCAGCCACCGUGGCAGCGGGCCAUUUCAGGAAGAAAGAAUGACUGGGACGUUCUCCAAAAGGCCACCGUGGGAUUGUUUCAAAGGCAGAAACCAGUCUUGGAGGCCGGGGAGCUUGCCAAAUUACACGAAACUAUUCGAAAACUUCAGAACUCAUACGCAGGACCAUUUAUCUACGAGUAUUACAAGCAAAAAAUACUUAGCAAAGGAAUGAGCAUUCUUCGAGAUCGUAUACGUCAAUCAAAAGGAAAACGACUAACACGCUCUCUAGAGGAAGUGUGGGGGAAUAUCUUUGUGGAUAUAUUACCGCUUUUAGACGCAAUAUUGUUUCUUGUCAAGACGAGAGAAGGGAUCACUAUUCGACAAACUACACUUGCCGCGUUUCGUGAUCAAGUUGUUUUGAAGCUAAAUAUAGAAGAUGCUCUAUCCUCUGAAGCAGCGGAAGUGCCACUUGGUGUUAAACACAUGCUGCUUAUACUAUACAAUGUGAACGACGUUUUUCCUCCAAAUAAAAACAAGCUUCGUUUGGAAUCUUUGUUGGCUAGGACAAUAGUUCCAUUCUUAGGAUUUAAAGGUCUAUAUUGUGGCAAUUCCAUGCCAUUAAUCGAGUCGUCGGAACCGCAGCUUAUAGCAAAGAGACGAUCAAAUGAUGGUGGUCGUCGAAUUUCUCGUCCUUUUAGCAUUCAGCCUUGCCAAUUGGACACUCUAAAUGAAAUGUUUCUAACCGCUCUCAGGAAACAACAGGAAUGACUGUUUCAUAUUACUAUCAGAAAUCUCCGAGAGGCCGUAGGGGGAAACAUUUAGAAUAUUUAAUCUCCUUUUUUUAUUGCUUAUUUGUAAAUAUAUUUUAUUUCUGUGGCUAUCCGUUACAACCAAUAAGGAAGAAGGUUGUUAAGCCUUUUCCAAAUCAGUUUUAACCAUUUUGGGAUACAAUCUAGAACGUUCUGUAUUAAAAUAUUACGAGCUAAAGGAAGCCAAAAAUAUGUAAGAACUUUGCAAAAUAGCUUUCACAUGUUUGUGUUCUAAAGUACUAUUUGUAUCGGACAAGGAACGUGGUUUCUUUCCACACUGAAUACAAUAAGCGUGAAGAAAUCUACACAUGUGGCGAACACAGUAGUUUUUAAGUGAAAAAACAAAAAAAGUUCGGACAAAUUGUAAGGUUAUAAUUUUAGUUUAUUUUUGGGGGAAGUGGAAACUAUGGUAACUCUCGCAGAUUAUAAAAGCUCCAUGCAUAAAGAGGACGUUGCUCUACAACUGUGGACUUUAUCCUCCUUGUGUUUUGAGUUGGAUGACAUUUCUCGCCCAUGUGGAGGCCUUGAAAUGUCUUGGAAAAGUAAAUUUCAGAGUAUUUUGUUAAUGAAUGAAUAGCUUAAUAACUAAAGUUAGUGGCUGUCUUCAACUUCUUGAUUUUUCCAUAAUAGAUUCCAUGUAAAUAGAUAUUUUAAGAUAUAUAUGCAAAUUAUAAUAGGAAAUUUAAAAAAAAAGUAGUCUUGUAUGAAAAAUGUGUUUA